AGCUCUGGUCUUCAUCUUACUGUCAUCAGAAAAAGAUCUGAACGAGUUUGACCUGAAAAAAUACUCUGACUCAAAUUCAGAGGAAGCUCUUCUGAGACUGCUUCCAGUCGCCAAAGCCUCCAAGAAAGUGCUGCUGAGGGGUUGUAACCUCUCAGAGAGAAGCUGUGAAGCUCUAGCCACAAUCCUCAGCUCCCCAUCCAAUAAUCUAAAAGAGCUUGACCUGAGUGAAACCAGUUUGCCAGAUUCAGGGAUGAAGCUACUUUCCUCUGGACUGAUGAGUACACACUGUACUUUAGACAGUCUCAGUUUAAGGAGUUGUAAUUUGUCAGAAAUCAGCUGUAAUUCUCUGGGCUCAGCUCUGAAGUCCAACUCCUCAUAUCUGAAAGAGCUGGAGCUGAGUUCCAAUGACCUACGGGAUUCAAGAGUGGAGCAACUCUGUGGUUUUCUGGAGAGUCAAAAAUGCAGACUGGAGACUCUGAGUUUAUGGAACUGCUGCUUGUCAGAGAUCAGCUGUGCUCUUCUGGGCUCAGCUCUGAAGACUAAUCCUGCAUAUCUGAGGGAACUGGACCUGAGUAAAAACAAUCUACAGGAUCCAGGAGUGAAUCAACUGUGUGGUUUUCUGGAGAGUCCACAUUGUAGAUUGGAGACUCUGAGACUGGAGAAUUGCAGGUUAUCGGAGAUCAGCUGUCUGGGCUUAGCACUGAAGUCCAAUCCCUCCAACAUGAGAAAGCUGUACCUGAGUCAGAACAACCUGCAGUAUUCAGGAGUGAAACAGCUGUGUGGCUUUCUGGAGGGUCGAAACUGUAGACUGGAAACUCUGGGAUUGAGGAGCUGCAGUUUGUCAGAGAUCAGCUGCCUGGUUGCAGCUCUGAAGUCUAACCCCUCCCAUCUUAAACAUCUGGACCUGAGAGGGAACAAGCUGCAGGAUUCGGGAAUGAAACAGUUGUGUGGUUUUCUGGAGAGUCGGCAAUGUAGACUGGAGACUCUGAGAUUGAUGGGCUGCAGUUUGUCAGAGAUUAGCUGUACUCCUUUGGGCUCAGCUCUGAAGUCCAACCCCUCCUAUCUGAGAGAGCUGGACCUGAGUCACAACAACGACCUGCAGGAUUCAGGAGUGAAGCAGCUCUGCGGUUUUCUGGAGAGUCGGCACUGUAGACUGGAGAUUCUGAGACUGGAUAGCUGCAGUUUGUCCGAAAUCAGUUGUGCAGCUCUGGCCUCAGCUCUGAAAUCCAACCCCUCACAUCUAAAAGAGCUAGACUUAACUGACAAUAAACUGAAAGAUGCAGACAUGAGACAGCUGUGUGAUCUUGUGGAGAAACCAAAUUGUGGACUGAAGACUCUGAGGUGGAAGCUCUCAUAAACUGGUGCGUGCUGACAGAGAGUGAGCUGUGUCCUGAUGAUACGGAGAGGCUGAAGGAGCAGUAGCUUGUGUGUACAGAUCCUCUGAAUGGGAAACAUCACUUCUAUCUUCAAAAAUCAAAGAUGAUUUUUGAAGAUAGAAGACCUCAACAAGCACAAAGAAUUAGAUGGAAAGGUCAUGUAAAAUGUUAAAAAAAAUUAAUCUGUUACACUAAUUACCGUGAAAUCCAACUUUUAACUGUAAUGUAAUACGAUGAUGAUCUGAUUCAAUUUGUGUUAUCAUAAUCAAAACAAAAAAUAAGGAUGAAAAGAUACACGAAAGUUGACGUUGGUUAUAAGCUGAUUAAACUUUUGAUCAAUAACUGUAGAAUAGGGAAGUGAAAGCUCUGCGGAUGUCUUAUGUGGAGAUGCUCAGUUGGGAUGUGCCAUCAACAUUAUUUGUAUUUACAUGUUCAAUUGUAUUCUGUUCUUUCUCACAAUAAACUUCUGUCUACACCAAAAAGCUGCUGGUGUCCCAGAAUUUUAAUUUUAACCAACACAGCUUCAGGUUCCUUUAAUUAGACCCACAGGCAGAUUUGGUUUGCUGCAGGAAACUCAGCUAUCUUCACGUUUAACAAAAUGACACAGAUGGCAGAUUAGCAGAAUAUAACAGAGUGGACCGGGAAGCACACUGAUCAAUGGUAAAUCGUUUUCACACAGUCACAGUGAUGGAAACAUGUUGGUCACUGAUGCCCUUCUUCCUUCGGGCCAUUCAGACUGCUAACAAACUCACCUCAACUCACCGAUCUGUGCCAUGGUCUGAGUGACCCUCAUCACUCAGGACACUGACACACUCACACCAAGUCCUUUGCACUACCUCCAAGCACUUUGUUCUCCAGUGUGUGCCUUUGUCUUGUUUUGUAUAUGUUC